AUUGCUGUACUGCAUUUGUUGAUCUGUAUUUUUGUGUAUUUUUUUUGUGGUCCUCACAUUCCGUAUUAUCAGCGUUUCUGGAUUGCCGUAGACUAUAAAUUUAUAUGUAUAUAUUUCAAUAUAUACAUAAUUAGACACAAAUCGAGUGAACGACCCACUGAACUUGGCUACACAUAUAAAAUAUAUUUAUUUAAAUAUAUAUACUUAAAGUGAAUUUAAAGUGUUAUCACAAAUAGUUUGAACUAUUUUAUAUUCCAUUAUAAUCCUGUGUUGAAAUAUAUAUAAAUAUAAACUGUGAUAUGACCAAGUCAAAGGAUAAUGUAGAGAAAUCGCGGGAGCUAAUCACGGAUCAGGGCAUGAAGGAUUUGCUCACCAAGCAGCUGGAAAUUGUUGGCAGUGGCGGCGCCUUUGUUUGGGUCUUGUUCUUACUGUGCGUCACGCCUAACAUAUUGAAUGGCUUCCACGUGUCCUCGUACACGUUGCUGGGGCAUCUGCCCGACGAUCAGUGGUGUGGCAUCGAGGAACUGCAGCUGACCAACUGGACACUGGCACAGCAACGUAGCAUCAGUGAGCGGGAACUGAACUCGGGUGGUUGCACCAUCUGGGAUUGGGACUACCAAAAGCUGAGUGGCAUGUCCUAUGAGGCAGCCCUCAACUACACCAGUCACAUGGCGCAGAUCAAUCAGCCGGCCGUGGUGUCCUGCAAGGCGAAGGGCAACUACGAAUUUGCCCAGCCGGAGAGCACCUUUGUCGCCGAAUGGGAACUGACCUGUGAGCGGAGCAUUCAACGCACCUCAGCACAGGUCUCCAUUUCUCUGGGCAAGUUCUGCGGUUCCUUCACAUUCGGCAUCCUGGCUGACAAAUUUGGUCGGAAAACUUCGUUUACGUUGGGAGCGGCUUUCUUCGUUGUAGGCAGCAUCUUUUGCAGUUUCUCGCCGUGGUACAGCUUGUUUCUAAUUGGUCGCUUCGCCUUAGGAGCUGCCUCCUCUGGUCUCUUCUAUCCGGCAUUCACAAUGAUUGUUGAGAACAUUUGCUUGAAGCAUCGCUCCUGGAUGUCCAUUGCCUUCUCCGCCUCAUAUCCUGUGGGCAUGAUCCUGCUAGCAAUUACGGGCUAUCUGAUACAGCCCUGGCGUCAUUUGCAACUCGCACUCACAAUACCCUCACUGCUGCUCAUACUGAACUGCUAUCUAAUGCAUGAAUCGCCGAGAUGGCUUAUAACUCAGGAGCGCUACGAUCGCGUCUAUCGCAUACUCUUCAAGCAGCCCAGCCACUAUGAUGUCCAGACAAUUGCCGCCCCAUCCACCGAAAUUGUCAGCGAUAAGAAAACGCUGGAGCCAAUCGCAAAUGUUUCGCUCAGUCAGAAGUUGAAGAACGGUCCGUUGAAAUCAAUCAUUGAGCUCUUUGCGAAUCGCAAUGUGCGUAAACUAAUCUUCACCUCGUACUUUAUGUUCUGUGUCACCUCGCUUAGUUACUAUGUCACCGCUCUCAAUGCCGCCAAUUUGUCUGUUAGCCGCUAUCUGUAUAUUAUAGCGACUGGCGUUGUGGAUAUUCCGUCGUAUGUGGUUCCGGUGAUAAUGCUGCGUUUUACGGGUCGUCGCAUAACGACAAUGUUCCUCUUCAUAUGGACGGGAGUGUCGCUGUUGCUGGUGCUCUGCGUGCCCGCUGGCAGCACCACGUGGAUAGUUUCAUUCGCCAUGCUGGGUCGGUUUGGUAUCAGUGCCACCUAUUCCGUGGUCACCCUCUAUACGGCGGAACUUUAUCCGACAGAAAUACGCAACUCGGCGCUGGGCACUUGUUCGACGUGGGCGCAUGUCGGUUCGAUAUCGGCGCCAUAUGUCGUCGAUGUGCUGGGCGCCCUUGGCUGGUACAUUCCAACAACAAUUUGUGGCUGCUGCGUUCUAGUAGCAGGUUUCCUAACCCUCACCCUUCCCGAAACUGGCAAGGGUAACCUCUCCGAUAAGCUGGACCAUGCCCAGGCCAACGUUAAUGAAGACGAUGACGAGGAGACGUCGACUUGCAAAUCGGAGAAGUAGUUGAAUUGCACCCCGAAUAUAGGCUUUAAGUUUAGUAUUAAUUGAAGCAUGCUACACUAGGAAAAACGAUUGCCGUUUACUUUAGAAAAUCGCCAAUGAAAUUUAGAAAGUUUUUCUUAUUUUUCUUAAAAAUUAGAAAGGCUUGGUCUAAAUCCACAAUCCCAAAAGUAUAGAUUUUUUCUAGUUAUUAGAAAUAUUAUCUUUUAUUAAGAAAUACCUUUCUAAAAAGUAGAAAUGCGAAUUAUGAUUCUUAGCAACAAAUCCUAUCUGAAAUUCAGAAAAUAAUAAUCAUAUUUCGCCUGCUAUAUUAGAUUUGAGCUGCUAUCUAUUUCUUAGAUUGGAAUCCCUGUAAAUCGUCAGUUUUAUG